AAAAAAAAAAAAGUAAAGCAAAAGGAGAAGAAUGGGGAUAAGAAGCCAUAGCCAUAGCCAUAGCCAUACAAGUCUAUUAUUUCUUCUCUUAGUCUUUAAUAUUAUUUUCCCAACUCUCAAUGGAAGAACUGUAGAGAAUAAUUGGAACUCAACCUCGUCCGGUUCUCUCAACCGGAAUUCAUUUCCCAACGGUUUCCUCUUCGGAACUGCCUCAUCUGCCUACCAGUAUGAAGGUGGUGCUAAUGAAGGUGGUAGAGGACCAAGCAUAUGGGACAAUUUUACCCAAAGAUACCCACAGAAGAUUGAUGACCAAAGCAACGGCAUAAGAGCCGUUGAUUCAUAUCAUCGUUACAAGGAAGAUGUUGGUAUUAUGAAGGAUAUUGGAUUUGAUGCCUACAGGUUUUCCAUCUCUUGGUCUAGGGUUUUACCAAAUGGAACAUUAAAGGGAGGAGUGAACAAAGUUGGCAUCAAGUAUUACAAUGAUCUUAUCAACGAAGUCAUUUCCAAAGGAUUGCAGCCAUUUGUGACUUUAUUCCACUGGGACCUUCCCCAAGGACUAGAAGAUGCAUAUGGAGGUUUUUUGAGCCCCAAAAUUGUGGGUGAUUUCAAAGAUUAUUCAGAAUUGUGUUUUAAAGAGUUUGGUGAUAGAGUGAAGAACUGGAUUACGCUAAACGAGCCAUUUUCUUUCAUAACGCACGGUUAUGAUUCGGGGACUUUUGCGCCGGGAAGAUGUUCACCGCUGUACGCGGCCAACAACUGCAGUGGUGGUGACUCCAGCACUGAGCCCUACUUGGUUGCUCACAAUCAACUUCUUGCUCAUGCAGCUGCUGUAGGUAUUUACAGGACCAAAUACAAGUCCCAAAAGGGCCAAAUUGGAAUUUCACUCAAUGGUGCUUGGAUGGUGCCCAUUAACAAUUCUAUAGCAAAUAAAGAAGGUGCUAACCGUGCUCUGGCCUUUACCUAUGGUUGGUUCAUGGAGCCACUAAAAUCAGGUAAUUACCCAAGUGUAAUGGUAAAAUAUGUGCAAGAAAGACUUCCAAAAUUCACAAAAGAAGAAUCUUCAAUGGUCAAAGGAUCUUUUGAUUUCAUUGGAUUGAACUACUAUAGUGCCAAGUAUGCUGAGAAUGCUACUUGCUCUGAUGAAUUGGGCCUCAGAUUCUCUACUGAUUAUUGUGUUGAUCUUACAUUUGAUCGAAAUAACAUUCCCAUCGGUCCAAUGGCUGCCUCACCUUGGCUCUACUCUUAUCCUAAAGGAAUGGAGAACAUUGUGAUGUAUACAGUCAAGAAACUCAACAACCCAGUCAUUUAUAUAACAGAGAACGGAUAUUCGGAACUUAACACUGGGAAUUUUUCGAAGCAUGACAACACCAGAAUCAAAUAUUUUGUGGAUCAUCUUUCAUCCCUUCAAAAGGCCAUAAAGAGAGGAGCAAAUGUGAAGGGUUAUUUUGCAUGGUCAUUGUUGGACAACUUUGAAUGGGCAGAUGGCUAUACCAUUCGCUUUGGCAUUGUGUAUGUCGACUACAAACGUGGUUUGACUAGACGCCUUAAAGACUCUGCUACCUGGUUCAAACAACUCCUCCAUCAUUGAAUCUAAACUAAACUAAACUAUUUUAUGUAUAUGUAUGAAAACAUUAAGAGCAUAUUAACAUUUAUUAUGAA